CUUUAUUUGUGGCUGAAGGCAUUUCCAUCGGCCUUCUUCUCUCUCUUUAACAUCUACCUGCUCAAACAGGCUUCGAAAGACAAACCCUUGAACGCGUCAACCGCGUUUUCCAUUUCAAUGCAAGCGCUUCCUGUCCAGCUCCGCCCCCCGAUAGACUAUACGCCGAGUCGCCAGUCCUCACCCGCACAGGUGUUCUUACGGUUUUUGCGAUUCGCGUUGGUAAGGUCGCGGAGACCGCCUUUCCGCUUCUAGUCACAAACAUGUCAGCCCUCAAGGCUGAUAAGUUGCCCUUGCCGAUCAAUCCGGCCAACAGCCCCUUGUCAACCAAACCCUACGUCGCAGGCGGAACGCAUUACGACGCCACCUGGCGUGCCUUGUGCGGUGACACUUUCUUCACGUCCACCGAUGGCGGAGAAGAAAAUUCGAGAACAGGCCUCGACAAUAAAAACAUGUUCCGUCGUGCCACGGAAGACGAUUUAUCUAGCAUCCAGGCCUGGCGGAAGUGGAUAGCAGGACAGGCGGGCCACGGGAUGCGGCAGCCUCCUGCUCUCAAAGACUUCCCGUCAGCAGAAGAGCACGCUCGUGUGAUGGCAGCCGAUAAUGCUGUUCGGUCUGCAGUACUGUCACGCAGCUUUUUCCAAACGGACACGGGCUAUCUGGGUCUGGGAACUGGUGCUACUCCAAGCCAUGAGCUAUUUAUCUUGCUGGGGUCUCGAACACCGCAUUUGCUGAGGUCAUUGGGAGAGAUGACGGUCGAAGGGAAAGGUAUGAAGAAGGUAUACAUGCUUGCGGGCGAAGCCUAUGUACCGGGGAUCAUGGAUGGCGAAAUAAUCAAGAGGGUGGUGGGAAACGAGGGGGUGGGAAUGGAUGCUGAUGGGCUGAGGAAAGCUGGGCUUGAUGUUCAGGAGCUAUUGGUGAUAUGAUAUGUAGGGGAUCGGUCUGGCUGUAAGGCAGGUCCUUACGGCUCUCGAGUGCUUCAAUGUUCUUUCCAAUUUCGCUCAAUUUCA